AUGGUGGAGUUGGUACCUUUUGUGGUUCCCAUCAUGGGUGACAAAACCUUGCCGGAGUGGGAGCUGAGCUCUGGACCCACGGCCGAGGCCUUGCAACAUACUCUGUUCACAGUCUUCUCCCAGUUUGGCCUUCUGUAUUCGGUCCGCAUCUUCCCAAAUGCAGCAGUGGCCGGUCCUGUGUUCUAUGCCAUCAUCAAGGUUUAUUCAGCAAGGGAUGCCCACAGAGCCCAAAAGGCAUGCGACCAGGAGCAGCUUUUUCAGAUAUUUCCAGUGAAGGUUCGUCUCGGCACCAGACAUAAGGCGGUUCGACAUAAUACGCUAGCCCUAAACAGCUCCAGGUGCCAAGAAUUGGCAAAUUACUACUUUGGUUUCAAUGGGUGGUCAAAAAGGAUCAUCAGGCUUCAGGAUCUUUCUAACCUUGAAGAAAGGGAAAAUGAAGAUAUUGUGACACCACUUCAGAAGCAAAGCCUGAAGCUCUUCUGUGCUUUCGAGGUGGCGUUGCCCUCCCACGAGUGCAGGAGUCCUGCAGCUGGCAUGGCUGAGGAACCUUUGGAUAAGUUGGAGGAAGGGUUGUUAUCAUUCCUUAUGAAAAGGAAGGUAGCCCAGAAGCUUGCUAUUCAGAAGGCUAUGACAGAUGCAUUCCGGAAACUGCUGAUUGUGGUUUUAGGUCUCUUUCGGUUCCAAUCAAGAGAAGUCUUGAGAGUUCUGAGAAUAUUUCUUUGAGGGCUUCAAAUCACCAUACCUACAUCCUCUGCCACAACUACACACACGGGAACAAAAAUAAACCUCUGCUAUCUACUCAUGUAGGAGGGAUUCAUGCAAAAUAAACUCCUACAUGGAGACCAACAGUGAAGUGUCUUACAGAGGUUUGGAAUCCCUUGAAGAAGGAAGAUCUUUUAGCCAAUACACCUUAACCGUGAGAAGCUGGUUUCAAGAAUGAACCUGAAAUACUGUAUUUUUCUCCUGAUGAUUCCAAGGAGAGACAGCUCAAGUUUUCUAAAUCAUAAGAAAAACCAAGGUUCUUAUUAGUCAUCACAUGUGUGAUAGCGCAGGCCCCGGAUCUCUUUAGUCAGCUGAGGCCAGUGUUGCCG